AUGCGCAACGCUCUUCUUGUUGCUUCCGCUCUUAGCGGUUUGGCUGCCGCCCUCCCCCAGAAUAUCAACAUUGCGGCUGCAAAGGCCGUUCCUACACCCUCCCUCCUGGGCCCUGCGCCGACUCUGCCUCCCAACGCCCCCGUCAACUACAACCAGGCCUCUGCUGUUGACAAGGCCAAGGACGAUGUUGCUUCCGGUGCCGUUAAGCCCAGCAACAAGCGGGACACCUCUUCUUGCCCCGCCCAGCCUGUAGGUGCUGCGCCUGCUACCGGUGACUACUCAGUUGGGGCCUUCCAAAACCCCAGCAACGCCCUCAUGGCAAUUGCUUCGGCAGCAACAGCUCCUAGCGGCUACGUCGAAAACUUCAAAGCCAAAUCCGGAGCCACCCAGCAGAUCGGUUACUUGACCUACAAGAUUCUCCCGGGAACCACCUACGACGUUGGCGCAUGUGCCGCCUUUUGCGACAGCGAGAAGUUUUGUCUUGGCUUCAACAUCUACUACGAACGUGAUGGCACUGUUCAGCCUACCUCGGACUGCCCGAACCCUGCCCCCCAGACCAACAUCAAGUGCUCCCUCUUCGGAUACCCUGUUUCUGCCGCAACUGCCACCAACAGUGGCCAGUGGCAGGAGCAGUUCCAGGUUGUCAUCACUGGCAGCAACGAAUCAGGAUACUCCAAGUCCUCAUGCACACAACCCCCCACACUCUCUGGCUACAGCGUACAGAGCCUUCCUGCUGCUGUCAACGCUCCCGAUGUUAGCACCUACAACGGCAUGCGUCUCUUCAAUACCAACCCCUUUGAUCCUAGCCUUUGCGCUGCUGCCUGUGAGGCUCAGACCGCCUUCGACAAAGAGCACCUUGUCUCCAAUGGCAGGUACACUCCUUGCAACUACUUCACCUCCUAUAUCUUGACCGACAACGGCGUCCCCCUCGGAACCUACUGUGCUCUCUACUCUGUCCCCAUUGACAGCCAGUACGCCGUCAACUCCGGCUACACCAGCGGCAGUGACACAUUCAACGUUGUCUGCACUGCCGCAUACACCGCCACCACCCAGGACAGCGGCAUCGUCAGCCAAUAG